AUGCUUAACUUAUACACAGUUCACCUCUCGAGCUGCGGCUGUGGCUUCGUGCUCAUCCAGCGCCUCGCCUUACACGGAGUGAAAGGAGACCGUGGCCCCUAUGGAUUACAGGGAAACGAUGGGCCAAAGGGAGAAAAGGGCAGCCCGGGUGCAGUGGGGGCCCCUGGUGAGGUGGUGGGUACAGUUGACCUCAUCAAAGGCCAUCCUGGAAUCCCUGGUCCUCCGGGACAGACUGGAUUACCUGGACCCUCAGGUGUGGACGGUUUUCCAGGGCCGCCUGGACUCACAGGUGGGGGAUCUUUUAUCCAUGGUCCUCCGGGACCUCAAGGACCCAAAGGUGACCCAGGAUUUAAAGGAGACGUGGGUGAUCCUGGACAUGCUCACCAUGGAAAAGAGGGCUGCCCAGGUACUCCAGGACUUCCAGGGCUCCCAGGUGACCCGGGGCCUCCAGGGCCACUUCUCCCAGAUCACAGUUGCCGUGUUCAUCAUUACAGCCAAACAGGAGUCAAAGGCCCACCUGGUCCUUUUGGAUAUGAUGGCCAACCAGGAUUACAAGGUGACAAGGGUGAACCUUGCUUGCUGUGCCAAGAGAAGGACUGCGAAGAUCUUGGACCAACUGGACCCGUUGGACCACCUGGAGAGCCUGGUUCCCCUGGUAACGUCGGUCUGCCUGGAGGACCAGGAUUUAAGGGAGACAUGGGUUUUAAUGGCUAUCCAGGUGGCCCUGGAGUUCCGGGCGCACCUGGUCCACCAGGCAUCCCAGGUUUCCCUGGACCUAAAGGACAUGGGGGAGGCUAUGGAUCAUCAGGGUUAAAGGGAGACAGAGGCUCCCCUGGCUCUGCAGGCAGACCUGGGAAGGAUGGGUUGUAUGGUUCUCCUGGACAUCCAGGCCACAAAGGCCUACCAGGCCCCAGGGGCGACGUCAUACUUUCUUGUGUUCUGGGUCUGAAAGGAGACCAAGGCCCAAAUGGAUUCCCGGGUCGAGUGGGACCUCAGGGGCCAGCUGGACCACAGGGGCCACCAGGGUAUGGAAUGCCUGGAUACUCAGGGUCAAAGGGCAACUUUGGUGUGCCGGGUUUCAGAGGGCCCCCAGGGUUGCCAGGUCAAAAAGGGGAGCACGUCAGACAGACCCCUGUUCAGGGAGAUCCUGGCCCCCCAGGAAGAAGAGGCCCCCCUGGUCCUCCUGGCCCCCCAGGUGAGCAUGCAAGGCAUCAGCCAGGCAUUGGUCGAAGCAUUUCAAGAAAGACUGCACAGAGCAUUGUCAGUAGUAGUGCAUUAGAUUGCCAUCACUUUUUAGUCACAGUUUAUUGUGUCAGCCAUGUCUAUGUCCUGUUUAUAUUAUUAUUAACAGGUUACCCAGGACCUGCAGGUCCUGCAGCAGGUACUGGUCCCCCAGGGCCAAAGGGAGAGCCUGGUCUCAUUCAGUCUUCAAGCCCAGGACCACCUGGACACAAAGGGGACAAGGGUCAGCCGGGGUUGCCUGGACCCCCCAGCAAGGGAUACCCAGGCCGACCAGGAGCUCCUGGGCUUCUCGGACCACCAGGAGAGAAGGGUAACGCUGGGGGUGGGGGCCCUGGAGCAGCGGGGCCACGAGGGCCCCCAGGGGUUGUGGGGGACCCAGGGCCUUCUGGGGACCUCGGGCCGGCAGGCCUGCCUGGAAAUCGCGGAAUUCCAGGGUUUCCUGGAGCACCUGGGAAUAAAGGAGAAAAGGGUGCUUGGGGUUUACCUGGUGAAGAAGGCUUACCUGGGGCCUGCUCUGGACGGGGGCAGCAGGGACCACCUGGACCGACUGGGUCUACUGGGCCUCAAGGCCCUCCAGGCGCUGUAGGGGAGAAGGGGUCUAGGGGAACGACAGGUCAUCCUGGGUUUGGUUCACCAGGCCUCCCAGGACCCCCCGGCCUGCCCGGCCUCCGUGUACCCGCACUACAAGGCCUCCCAGGGCCAAAAGGAGCUCCGGGGAGAGAAGGGACUCCUGGCACCAAAGGAUUGACUGGAGAUCCGGGUCCAGCAGGGAUAGGAGUUCCGGGGGAUGAUGGCACCAUAGGACCACCAGGACCACCAGGACCCAAAGGUUCUCCAGGAGCACCUGGCUGGAAAGGUGUCAUGGGUGCUGACGGUAUAAAGGGGGAUCAGGGUGACCCUGGUACCCCAGGCCUCAGAAGAAACAUACCGAGUAUAACAGGAGAACCUGGUCCAGCAGGUCACCCUGGCUUACCUGGUGCAAAAGGCAUCAAAGGACGCCCUGGACAACCUGGCCAUGGUGGAAGAGAUGGAAACCCAGGGCCUCCGGGGCAUGCAGGGCCUCCUGGUGAUCCUGGCAAUGAUGCGUACAGUCCUGGAGGACCUGGAUAUCCUGGACCCAAAGGGAGCCCAGGGAUCAUUGGCUUUCCUGGUCUAACUGGCAUGAAGGGGAUACCUGGUGUACAUGGCCCACCUGGACUGAGAGGCACACCGGGUCACCAUGGACGAAAGGGAGAACCAGGUGAGGCUACAGGAUCAUACGGCCCACCUGGACAAAGAGGCCAGAAGGGGGAGCCUGGGCGGGGCUGCACUGGUCCAGGACUGAAAGGACAGAAAGGAGAGCAGGGAUACCCAGGAUCAUUUGGACUACCUGGACGCAAAGGACUACUAGGAGAUCCUGGUUACCUGGGACCCCCUGGCCCACCUGGAGAACCAGGGAUAUCUGGUAGACCUGGCAGCCCAGGACACCAUGGCCCAAUUGGACCAGUUGGCGUGACAGGCCCUCCCGGCCUCACUGGUCCCAAGGGCAUGAUGGGAAAUACUGGGGGCAAUGGCUUCCCAGGGCGCCCAGGACUGAAAGGAGAGCCAGGACUUACAUCCUACUUGCCUGGCUUAAGAGGAGCGAAGGGCAGUCGAGGACUCGAGGGUGAUCAAGGCCCUCCUGGGUACUCAAGAAGUGGCCCGUCUGGACCCCCGGGCGAUACCGGGCCACCAGGCCCUCCAGGACUAAGAGGACCAAAGGGUCCCAGAGGAGGUAGUAAAGGCUGUAGAGAUGGAGAGAGGGGAGAACUGGGCUACCCUGGACCAGCCGGACCACAGGGGCGUCCCGGGCCUCAAGGUGUUGCUGGGCCUCCAGGUUCAGGAUCUAAAGGACCGAAAGGACACGUCGGAUCUCCAGGACCUUCUGGGCCUAAAGGCUCUUCAGGGAGCUUCGGCGCACCAGGAAGACCCGGACCAGGAGGUAGUCAGGGCCUAUCGGGGCCGAGGGGUGACUCCGGACCGCCCGGAUCCCCAGGACUCCAUGGUGAACCUGGAUCACCCAGUGGGAAUCGGGGUGCUAGAGGUCCUCCUGGUAGGCAAGGACCACCUGGAGCUCCAGGCCAGCGGCCCCCACCGAAGCAAAUUGACUUUCAUAUAGUGCCUGGUGCCCCGGGCCCUAAAGGAAGGCCUGGUUCCCCCGGGCCACCCGGUAAUGCAGGAGGUCCUGGAAACGCAGGACGACAAGGUUAUCCAGGACCUAAGGGCUUGCCAGGCUAUGGGCGUCCUGGACCUAUAGGUUUCCCUGGGGAAAAUGGAGACAAAGGAUCGCCUGGCCACACAGGCCAUAUUGGCUAUGGAGGCCCACCUGGUCAGAAAGGCCAGCGAGGCCCCGCUGGAGCUGGACGUUCUGGGGUUCCUGAUAGCUUCUUCCUGGCUCGACACAGCCAGAGCAUCCGUGUGCCUGCAUGCCCCGAAGGCAGUACUCUCCUGUACAGCGGAUACUCACUACUCUUUAUCAAUGGGAACGAAAGAGGACAUGGCCAGGACCUGGGUACGAUGGGUAGCUGUUUGCCCCGGUUCUCUACCAUGCCUUACCUCUUCUGUGACACAGAGCAAACCUGUCGCUAUGCUGCCCGCAACGACUACUCCUAUUGGCUGUCCACAGAGAAGCCCAUGCCAAUGCACAUGCACUUCAUCAGUGGGGACCUUCUGUCAGAAUACAUCAGCAGAUGCUCUGUGUGUGAGACCACAUCCAAUGUGAUCGCCAUUCACAGCCAGUCCGCUGAAGUGCCCUUCUGUCCCAUCGGCUGGCGCUCUCUGUGGAUCGGCUUCUCCUUCGUCAUGCAAACCGGUGUGGGGGCUGAGGGCUCUGGGCAGCCCCUGGUCUCUCCUGGCUCCUGCCUGGAGCAAUUCCGCCAGGUGCCCUUCAUCGAGUGCCAUGGCCACGGCACCUGUAACUACUACCCCGACUCCUACAGCUAUUGGCUGGCUACCUUGAACCCAAGGCAUAUGUUCAGUAAACCAGUGCCCAAGACUGUGAAGGGUCCAUUCUUGGAGACUGUCAUCAGUCGCUGCCGUGUCUGCAUGAAGUAGCUAGCAUAAGACAUAUCACACACACACACACACACACACACACACACACACACACACACACUCACGCUGCAAAGGUAAAUGCUUUUAUGACGUUAUGGUAGAGAUUUGGAAGACAGAGAAAAUUACUGAAACUCAAUAUUAUUGACUGUCUGUCACAGAUUUUUGUAUGUACAAUAAACAUUUCAUAAUUUAAUUUUCUUCAUCAUUAACAUACAUUUAAAUUUGCUUAUAUUUUAUGAGAAUUUAGUUGUCUUUGUUAUGUCCACAUGAAUCUUUUAAUUCUGUAUUAAAUGUGAUGCAGUAUAGUAUUUGUAAAUAAAAUUGCUGUAACGUUUGGGACUAAAGCCUAUGAUGGCUUUUUAAGUAAAAUAGAAAUCAGCACCCCAGACCCCUAUGUAACAAUUUUCAAUAUCUAUAUUAUAUAUUAUAUAUAUAUUAUAGAUAACUAGAAUGUUGCCAUAUAUGGGCUAAAAGGGGACAACCCAUCCUACUCUACAGUCUCAAUAAACAGCUUUCAGAAAUUU